AUGGCUCUGUACGCGCAGCUGCAGUUGGAGCUGCCGCAUAUAAAUGUUUUAUCUAAAGUUGAUCUUCUGAAGCUUCAUCGAAAAGAUUUGAGGUUUCGCUUAGAGUUUUACGCGGACGCCUACGACGUGCAGGCGCUGCUGCAGGCGAUGCGGCAGGACCCGCAUCCUAUGGGGCAAAAACUUUUGGGGUUUUCUCGCGCAGUUUGCGAAUUAGUUGAAGAUUUUAACAUUGUCUCCUUUCUUCCAGUUGCCGUAACAGACAAAGAAUGCAUGCUGCUGGUAUUACGAACAGCAGAUGCAGCAAAUGGCUUCGCGUUAGGGAAUUAUACAGAAAAUGAAAGGGGCUAUCCCUUGCAUCUUGAUACAGAGGAAGAAAGACAAAAUCUUAUUGAAAGGUUGCAGGAGCGGUACUUGGAUUGGGAUGAAGAAGACGAAGAAGAAAACAAAAUCCAGCUGGAGCCGCCAGAGGAGUCCAGCUGA